AGCGAUCGGACAUUUCCCUCUCGGAAGAAAAUUGUAAACCCUAGCAGAGCUCCAGCCGUGUUUCGUCAUCGAUUCGUCGAGAAAAUUUCUGUCGAUUCGUCCUUCUCGUAGAGGAAAACGGUUGUGGCGCCACUUCACUGCCGGUGCUUCUGAGUCGAAGGAGAGGCGGAAGCUUGCGGACCUCCUUUCAGUCGAAGCAGGUAGGGUUUGAUUCCCCUUUAUUCCACCAUUAUCGACUAAGCUUGAGUCGGAGGAGAGGCGGUAGGGUUCGAUUCCCCUCUCUAGGUCUUCAUCUCUUGGCCGCUUCCCUCUUUGUUGGCCUUCGCGAACUCGACGCCAGCGGCGGUGGCUGGUGGAAAAGUGGAAGCUCAUGUCGAUUGUCUUUGCUUGUAAAGCCUAUUCUGGUGUGACUGAAGUGCUAGAUACUCAAGGUUCUCUUUAAAAACCAACUGCAACAAUCUCAGGUUGAGCACCAGCUUCGCCGGGAAGUUGAGAUACAGAGCCAUCUUCGCCAUCCCAAUAUUUUGCGGCUCUAUGGGUAUUUUUAUGAUCAAAAACGAGUCUACUUGAUCUUAGAAUAUGCAGCCAAAGGUGAACUAUACAAGGAACUCCAGAAGUGUAAAUACUUCAGUGAGAGACGCGCAGCAACUUAUGUUGCAUCUUUAGCUCGGGCUCUCAUAUACUGUCAUGGAAAGCAUGUCAUUCACAGAGAUAUUAAGCCAGAGAACUUGUUGAUCGGGGCUCAGGGUGCACUCAAGAUAGCCGACUUUGGGUGGUCGGUACAUACAUUUAAUCGCAGACGGACAAUGUGUGGCACACUGGAUUACCUUCCACCAGAAAUGGUGGAGAGUGUAGAGCACGAUGCAAACGUAGACAUUUGGAGCUUAGGAGUUCUUUGCUAUGAGUUCCUUUAUGGUGUCCCACCUUUUGAAGCAAAGGAACGUUCUGACACAUAUAGAAGGAUUCUGCAAGUGGAUCUGAAAUUCCCUCCAAAGCCGAUUGUAUCUUCAGCUGCAAAGGACCUCAUCAGUCAGAUGCUUGUCAAGGACUCUUCCCUACGCCUCCCAUUGCACAAGCUUCUUGAGCACCCGUGGAUUAUUCAAAAUGCCGAGCCUUCUGGAAUCUACAAGUUCUAAUUCCUUUCACUCAACCAGUGUAAUUACAAGGCUGCAGAUCAAUCACAUCCUUUUCAAGCAAACAUUUGAAGAGCUGGGAACCCGAGAGAAAUGAUAUGGGAAGAAAUGUACCUUACGAUUACUUAGUGAAGUCUAUAUUGAUCUUUGCUAAGAAAAACAUUACUUUGGGAAUAUUAAACCCUGUCUGCAGUCAAUUAAACUCUGUAAACAUAUCAAUUGCUAUCAUAUUUCAUUCUUUCUGUUUUUAGACUCACAAAGAAGCCGCUCCAUUUAGAAUGAGAAGUUUUCCCUUUUUCGAAGAAUUAUCUAUGUAGACGACGAGCUCAUCGGGAGUGGCGAGUAUCGGCCCAAGAAGGAGAUUGCGAUCAACAGGGCCGCUAAGAACGCCUUGGAAAAAUUGGAGAUCUUUUGUAUUUUGAAGUUGAAGAACAGUUCUGUCGCGGAUGGAUCAUGAUCAUCGUCAACGAUUAUCAACUAAUUCUACUUAGAUUGGAUUAAGGUCGCUUUUUUUUUAUUUGUUUAGAUUAUGUUUAAUUAUGUAUGGAGUUGUACCGCAUAAGUUAUUGAUUAUCAAAACUAUUGGACUUAACUA